AGGACCGGCCCGGGGGCGGCGGCCGUUGCUGUCGUCGUUGUCGUGGUUAUCGUCGCUGUCGUGGUUAUCGUCGCUGUCGUCGGCGCAGCCAGCGAUGGAGCACAUCCGCACCACCAAGGUGGAGCAGGUGCGGCUGCUGGACCGGUUCAGCAGCAGCAGCAAAUCCUUAACGGGGACGCUGUAUCUCACGGCCACCCACCUGCUCUUCAUAGACUCGCUCCAGAAGGAAACCUGGAUCUUGCACCACCACAUUGCGGCCGUGGAGAAGCUUGCCCUGACCACAUCCGGGUGCCCACUGGUGAUCCAGUGCAAGAACUUCAGGGUCGUGCACUUCGUGGUCCCCCGGGAGAGAGACUGCCACGACAUCUACAACUCCUUGCUGCAGCUCUCACGACGAGCUGCCUACGAUGAGCUGUACGCGUUUUCUUACAACCCUAAGCAAAAUGAGUGCGAGCGCGUGCAGGGCUGGCAGCUGGUUGCCCUGGCUGCCGAAUACCAGCGGAUGGGGGUGCCCAACUCCAACUGGCAGCUGUCCGACACCAACCGGGACUACAAGAUCUGCGAGACCUACCCCAGAGAGCUCUACGUUCCCAGGAUCGCGAGCAUUCCUGUCAUCGUCGGCAGCUCUAAGUUCCGGAGCAAAGGCAGGUUCCCGGUGCUGUCUUAUUUCCACUCGGAAAAAGAGGCGGCCAUUUGCAGGUGCAGCCAGCCCUUGUCAGGGUUCAGUGCCCGGUGCCUGGAGGACGAGCACAUGCUUCAAGCCAUCAGCAAAGCCAAUCCGGUCAACCGCUAUGUGUACGUCAUGGACACCAGGCCCAAGCGUCCCGAGCAGAGCUGGAAGGCAGCCCAAAAGAACAUUGGCAGAAUUCUAGUGAGAAUCUCCUCAAAAAUCUGGACAGAUGAGAAAAUGAGAGAGAGCGAUGAGAGAGCACGAGCGAGCUGUUCUGAGCCCAGUAACGUUCCCAGGCAGUUUUAUGGCAAGCUGAAUGCUAUAGCCAAUAGAGCUGCUGGGAAAGGCUACGAGAAUGAAGACAAUUACUCCAACAUCAGAUUCCAAUUUGUUGGAAUUGAAAACAUUCACGUAAUGAGGUCCAGUCUGCAGAAACUUUUGGAAGUCAGCGGUACGAGGGCCCUGUCCGUCAACGAUUUCUUCUCGGGUCUGGAAAGCUCUGGGUGGCUCCGCCAUAUUAAAGCCGUCUUGGAUGCUGCGAUAUUCUUAGCUAAAGCGAUAAACGUGGAAAACGCAAGCGUGCUGGUCCACUGCUCCGACGGCUGGGACCGGACCGCGCAAGUUUGUUCCCUCGGAUCCCUCCUGCUCGAUUCCUACUACCGGACGGUCCGAGGAUUCAUGGUUUUGAUAGAGAAGGAUUGGAUCUCCUUUGGACAUAAAUUUUCUGACAGGUGUGGCCAGCUGGGCGGCGAUCCCAAGGAAAUCUCGCCGGUCUUCACCCAGUUUCUGGAGUGCGUGUGGCACCUGAGCGAGCAGUUCCCACAGGCGUUCGAGUUCAACGAGGCGUUUCUCCUCCAGAUCCACGAACACGUCCAUUCGUGCCAGUUUGGGAACUUCCUUGGGAAUCACCAGAAAGAAAGAGAAGAUCUCAAGUUGAGAGAGAAGACAUAUUCCCUGUGGCCUUUCCUGUUGGAAGACCUGAAGAAGUACCUGAAUCCCCUGUACCGUCCGGAGCCUCGGAGGUUCGUGGCCCUGGAGCCCAGCACGGUGCCUUUCCACUUGAAGUUCUGGCGAAGUAUGUACCAUCAGUUCGAUCGGACGAUGCACCCCCGGCAGUGCGUGUACAAUCUCAUUAUGAAGAAGAAGGAGCAGAACCAGCAGUUGGAAAAGGAGAUUCGAGAGCUGGAAGCUAAAAUCAAGCAGACGAAAACGAGACGUUCGGACGAGGCCCCCACCAAGGAGUGUCUCCCCCCGGGCCAAACCCCGGCCCAGCCGGGCCCGAGAGCCCCCCCGUGCUUCCGGAAGGAGCAGCGCCUGGGGCCCGCGACCGGCGGCGACAAGACCAUCGACCGCAGCGACCCGCCCGACAACCGCUACCGGGACUUGGCCGAGGAGUUCUCCAAGGCGGAUCCCGCCAUCGUCGGCUUGGAGUGUGGCGUGGCCAGGAUGGCCUGCUAGCGGCCCCGGCGAGCGACCGACGCGGUCCCGCUCGGGCCGGGGCCGGGGUUUCUGAGGGCGGCGUGGGCCCCGUGGCCCGACCCCGGUGUGUCUCAGUGGUCCGCUUCGCUAGUGUUGCCAAGAGCAGCCCGCCCACAACCCGGUGAGGGGCAGGGGGACGGGACGGGGAGCAAUCCUCCCUCCUCCCUUCCUCUUCCUUCCUCCCCCACCACUAUCUUCCCACUGCCCCCACUCUCCCUCUCUCUGUCCUGAGGGAAUCGGCCAGGUUGGUGACAGUCUGGGGUCUGUAGUGGUAAAGAGAAGAGAGGCCCUGGGGAGGAUUUCAUCCAAUAAAGUUUGCACUACACGCUUGAACACGGACCUUAUUUUGGUGUACGCAUUCACUCCCGCCAAGCAGGAACAAACCCCCCGCAGCUAAUUUUGGUGGGGCAGAAAUGACAGAAUGAGCUUUUAAUUGUUUGGGAAGAGCUAGGUGCUCACCCUCAAUACAGUGUACGCCGGCCAGCUUAUCAGAGGCAACGGUCCCACCUCGGGACUUCAGAGCCAUUCGUCGCUUGCUGCCUAACCGGGCCGGGACCUGGGACGUCGCCAGGGUCGGGCACGUGCACAACUCGCUUAGGACUGCGACUCGUGUGUUUCCAGUGAGGGCAUUUUACCGAUCGUUAAUUCGCCCCGCGGGCGCCUCGCAGGAUGUAAAGCGUAAAAACUGAAGUAUACUUUAAUCCUUUGAGGGCGGUGGUUUGGAAAGCAUAGUAGAAAUGAGUAAAGAGAUGGUGUUCUCUCCCUGCCAUCCAGGCAGUCGUCUCCAAGUUUCACUAAGAAAUGGGAAAAGCCGGUAGCUUGGUCUCUGCUCGGCUGCGGAGAUUUUAAAGAAGAGGUACUUUCGGGCCAGAAAGGAAUUUUUAUUGUGGGCUGAUGAGAAAGGAGAAAGGUUAGCAUUUUAACGACCUCAUUUGCAAAAAAGGUUGCAUUCGCCACUUAAUUUUCUAACUUAGCCAGUAGGUUAAGGCCCAUUUUUGUAAAUCACCUGUGCCGGGUCUUGGUGCAUCAUCCGUGUUUCUGCCGGUCUGUUUUUCUGUGCUGCUGAAUCGGGAUGGGGAAACUAGUUUUUGCUUUUUAAACGGAAUCCCCAGGUGUUGGGUGCCUCUUUUUUGAGGAGACGUAUAAGCACAAAAAAAGCCAGGGUCUGGGUUAAUGUGUUCGACUGGAUUUUGCCCUACUUGGUAACCGAGUGUAGGCGCCCGUCUUUAUCCUCAUCGGUGUUUGGUUCACGUCAGAAAGCCUAGUGACUCAGUCCACAGUCUCUGUUCGGUAGAAGCUGAAUGUUGGAGUGGCCCAGAAGGCUCGAAUCCCUCGGGGAGUGGGCUAGUGGGGAGAGCCGUCGUCUCAGCCUCGGGCUCUCUCUAUUUCCCAGAUGAUCGUCUCGUCAGACGCGUCCCUCCGCUUAGGUUUUUAAAAAGAAAUCUGCCUCAGUGGAUCUGAAAGUCUGAUCCCUUCAUCCCUCAAACAUCUCUGUAAGUGCGUAUUAUAAAGAAAGCUUCCUUCAGAAACAGUUGCCGAGUUGUACUGCUUGUGAAGUUGGUAUUUUUACAGAUGUGAGCUCCCGUCUUUAAGCAUCGGAAGACGGAGUGUUUGUAUUUUUGUGUCUGCAGGUUUGCAGCAAAGCCAAGCUUUUGUGCCUUGUUACUUGGUUCCGGGAGCUGACUUCAGUAGAACGUGGAAACUUCCCCGGGCAGGUUUAUCGUGUUCAUCCUUUGGGUUUCAUUUGUUCUGUAUCCCUCUUACACACAGACACAAACACACCCAAAAUAUGGAAGCUAUUAGAGGUUCAAAAUCUCCCACAGGGUAGAAGCGAGCCAAACCCAACUGUACGUCUUGUAAAAUUGUCUCUGUGUUCGGUGUGAGGAUAUAUAAAAUGUAUAUUUUUUCGUUUAUUUUGUGCUAAUUAAGUAUGUAGCCUUUAUUUUGGAUGCUUUGGGGAAACUGUCAACCCUUUUUUUAAGUUAAAUAUUUAAAUAAAUCUUUGCUGCAGUAAA